AUGGCAGAUUCCUUGGACGGGAACGAGAAUGCCGUUGAGGUUCAAAGUUUGGUCGUUGUUGACUUUCAAGACUUCGCAAAUUACCUGCGCAGGGCCGCAACGGUACUUUUACCUGAAGAUGACAUCGUUCCGCCGGCAUUAAAUGCUGCACUUGACGAUAAAGUAAAUCAAGAUUGUAUUAGAAAAUUUAUCUCCGAUCCUCAAGUGUCUUCGUUGUAUAUUCAGAGAUUUUCUUCCAAAGAAGAUGACAAUGAACAACCUACUGAAGGUGAGGAGGAGAAAGAGGCUGUCACUUAUCAAAUCAGCACUGAGGUUCACUUUACAUCUCCUCGGGUGGCAGCAUUUGUCUGCAUCAAGCGUGGAGCAGUCAUUGAAGCUGACAAGUCUAUCCAUAGCCAGCUUCGUCUUAUUAACUUAUCAGAUGGGUCUCCAUAUGAGACCUUACAUGCCUUCAUCAGCAAAACAAUGGCCCCAUUCUUCAAGAGUUAUGUAAAAGAAAGUGGAAGGGCAGAUAGGGAUGGAGACAAGAUGGCACCAUCAGUGGAGAAGAAGAUUGCAGAGUUAGAGAUGGGACUGCUGCACCUUCAGCAGAAUAUUGACAUCCCAGAAAUCACUCUACCAGUUCACCCACUGGUUGCUGCAGUCAUCAAAAGAGCUGCAGAUGAGGGUCGCAAACCACGAGUGGCAGAUUUUGGUGAUAAAGUUGAAGACUCAACAUUCUUAAACCAAUUGCAGAAUGGGGUCAAUCGCUGGAUCAAAGAAAUUCAAAAGGUCACUAAGUUGGAUCGCGACCCUUCAAACGGAACAGCCCUUCAAGAAAUUUCUUUCUGGCUUAACUUGGAAAGAGCACUCCAUCGCAUUCAGGAGAAAAGAGAGAGUGUUGAGGUCGCCCUGACUCUGGAGAUACUGAAAUAUGGCAAGCGGUUUCAUGCGACGGUCUCCUUUGACACCGAUACAGGGCUAAAGCAGGCUCUUGCAACUGUGUCUGAUUACAAUCCUCUAAUGAAAGAUUUUCCAAUCAACGAUUUGCUGAGUGCCACAGAACUUGAGAGGAUUAGACUGGCAGUUCAACAAAUUUUCUCACAUCUCCGGAAAAUCCGUUCUACGAAAUACCCCAUCCAACGAGGAUUGAGACUUGUCGAAGCUAUUUCUCGGGAUUUGGGUCAACAACUCCUCAAGGUGUUAGGUACUCGUCGUCUGAUGCACAUUCCAUUUGAAGACUUUGAACGAGUUAUGACCCAAUGCUUUGAAGUGUUCUCCUGUUGGGAUGACGAGUAUGAAAAGUUGCAAGGAUUAUUACGGGACAUCGUGAAGAAGAAGCGCGACGAGCACAUCAAGAUGGUGUGGCGCGUGUCGCCCUCGCACAAGCGGCUGCAGGCGCGCAUGGAGCACAUGCGUCGCUUCCGCCGCCACCACGAGCAGCUGCGCACCGUCAUGCUCAGGGUGCUUCGUCCCCGUGCAACCGUGGCAGCCGAAGCGGGUGCUGGCGGUGAACCUACACAACCUCAUUCGUUGCCAAUGGAUGCUGCCGAUGCCAACGCAAUUGCUGAGGUUAACCUUGCAUAUGAAAAUGUAAAAGAAGUAGAUUGCUUGGACAUUUCACGCGAAGGUUGCGAUGCAUGGGAAGCCGCCGUCCGUCGUUACGAAGACAGAAUCGACCGUGUGGAGACCCGUAUCACUGCACACCUGCGUGACCAGUUAGGAACAGCUAAGAACGCCAACGAGAUGUUCCGCAUCUUUUCUCGCUUCAACGCACUGUUCGUACGUCCACACAUCCGUGGGGCCAUACGCGAGUACCAGACUCAGCUCAUACAGCGCGUCAAAGAUGACAUCGAAGCGCUUCAUGAAAAAUUUAAGGUGCAAUAUCCUCAAUCGAAGUGCAGCCGCCUCUCCCUUGUGCGUGAUUUGCCGCCCGUGGCUGGUUCCAUUAUCUGGGCCAAACAGAUUGAUCACCAACUGACUGCAUACCUAAAGAGAGUCGAGGAUGUAUUAGGAAAAGGAUGGGAGAAUCAUAUCGAAGGUCAGAAGUUAAAGGCAGACGGCGAUAGUUUUCGCUUAAAGUUGGAUACGCAAGAAGUUUUCGAUGAAUGGGCUCGAAAGGUCCAACAACGUAAUCUAGGUGUGUCUGGACGCAUCUUCGCUAUAGAAUCCGUUCGUGCCCGUUCUAGUAAAACAAACACAAUAUUAAAACUAAAAGUGAACUUUUUGCCGGAGAUCAUUACUCUCUACAAAGAAGUUCGUAAUUUGAAAAAUCUCGGCUUCAGAGUGCCUUUAGCCAUAGUGAACAAAGCUCACCAAGCGAAUCAACUGUAUCCCUUCGCUAUCUCUCUCAUCGAAAGCGUACGCACUUACGAACGCACUCUGGAGAAGAUCCGCGACAAAGCUUCCAUCAUCCCGCUGGUAGCCGGGCUGCGUCGUGACGUGCUGAACCAAGUGUCUGAAGGCAUGGCGCUUGUAUGGGAGUCUUACAAACUGGAUCCGUACGUUCAGAAGCUCAGUGAAGUUGUACUUCUCUUCCAAGAAAAGGUGGAAGAUCUUCUAGCAGUUGAAGAACAGAUUUCUGUUGAUGCUCGAUCUUUGGAAACAUGUCCGUAUUCAGCUCAAAGUCUUGCGGAUAUUCUCAGUCGCUUACAGAGAGCUAUCGAUGAUCUCUCGCUCCGCCAGUACAGUAAUUUACACCUGUGGGUGCAACGGCUUGACGAAGAGGUUGAGAAAAGCCUCGCUGCCCGCCUACAAGCUGGCAUUGAAGCUUGGACUGCAGCUCUACUUGGUAAAGCCAAUGAACUGGAUCUGUCCAUGGAUACAUACUCUCCCACUGAACCCACUCACAAACCAGGUGGAGAGCCACAGAUCGCACGUGUAGUAUACGAGGUCCGCAUUACGAACCAGCAAAUGUACUUGUUCCCGUCACUGGAGGAGGCACGGUUCCAACUGAUGCGACAAAUGUUCGCAUGGCAAGCCAUCGUCACCAGCCAACACCGCUUGCAAAGCACCAGGUACCAAGUGGGUGUAGCGCGCGCUCAAACCGCUACAUACAGGAACUUGCUCACAAAGUUGCCGGGUGGAUCAUCUCCCGUGGAGAACGCUUAUGACGCCAUUGAACAGAAGAUAUCUCAAGUACGGGAGUACGUUCAUGAAUGGCUUCGUUACCAAGCCUUGUGGGAUCUACAGCCUGAAAGCUUAUAUGGACGUCUCGGUGAAGACAUCACGCUUUGGAUCAAGUGCUUGAAUGAUAUCAAGAAAUCGCGCACAACGUUCGACACUUCGGACACACAUCGCGAAUACGGACCGGUAGUCAUCGACUUUGCUCGCGUACAAAGCAAGGUGGCUCUAAAAUACGACGCUUGGCACAAAGAGGUACUCGGAAAGUUUGGAGCAUUGCUCGGUGGAGAGAUGGUGCAGUUCCACGGUCAACUUGCCAAGUCACGCAGUCAGCUGGAACAACAAACUAUCGAGGCAGCAUCUACCAGUGACGCAGUUUCUCUCAUUACAUACGUACAACAGCUUAAAAGAGAAGUACUUGCGUGGGAAAAGCAAGUCGAUGUCUAUAGAGAGGCACAGCGCAUUCUGGAACGACAGAGAUUCCAGUUCCCAGCGCAAUGGUUGCACGUCGAUAAUAUUGAAGGUGAAUGGAGUGCGUUCAAUGAAAUUAUGCGUAGAAAGGACUCUUCUAUUCAGACCCAGGUGGCCUCACUCCAGCAAAAGAUCGUUGCCGAAGAUAAAGCGGUUGAAGCUCGAACUCUUGAAUUCCUCACCGAGUGGGAACGCAGCAAGCCCACUGAUGGGUCAACUAGACCCGAAGAUGCUUUGGCUAGGCUUCAAGCUAUGGAAACCAGAUACACCAGGCUCAAGGAUGAGAGGGACAAUGUCGCUAAAGCAAAGGAGGCUCUGGAGUUACACGAUACAGGUAGCUCAAUAAACAACGAGCGCAUGACGGUGGCUCUUGAAGAGUUACAAGACUUACGUGGUGUAUGGUCUUCGCUAAGCAAGAUCUGGACACAGAUUGAUGAUAUCAGGGAGAAGCCUUGGCUUUCUGUACAACCUAGAAAACUCAGGCAACAAUUGGAGGCAAUGUUGAAUGAACUGAAGGAAUUGCCAGCUCGUCUACGAAUGUAUGAUAGCUACGAAUAUGUCCGCAAGCUUUUGCAGUCAUACACUAAGGUGAACAUGUUAAUCGUUGAACUGAAAUCCGACGCUCUGAAAGAACGCCAUUGGCGCCAACUGUGCCGCGCGCUCAAAGUGGACUGGUCGCUCUCCGAGCUGACCCUGGGGCAAGUGUGGGAUGCAGACCUGCUUCAUAAUGAACACACAGUCAAGGAUGUUGUGUCUGUCGCUCAGGGAGAAAUGGCUCUCGAGGAGUUCUUGAAGCAGGUUCGAGAGUCAUGGCAGAGCUAUGAACUAGACUUAAUCAACUAUCAAAAUAAGUGUAAGAUCAUACGCGGUUGGGACGAUCUCUUUAAUAAAGUAAAGGAACACAUCAACAGCGUUGCUGCUAUGAAGCUUUCACCAUAUUACAAGGUAUUUGAAGAAGAAGCACUCACUUGGGAAGAAAAAUUGAAUCGUAUCAAUGCGUUAUUCGACGUGUGGAUCGACGUGCAACGUCGGUGGGUCUACUUGGAAGGUAUCUUCAGCGGUUCUGCCGAUAUCAAGACGCUGUUGCCGGUUGAGACUAGCCGUUUCCAAAGCAUCAGCUCUGAGUUCCUUGGACUGAUGAAGAAAGUAAGCAAAUCGCCGAUGGUGAUGGAUGUUCUCAAUAUUCCUGGCGUGCAACGCUCCUUGGAACGUCUCGCUGACCUACUGGGCAAAAUCCAGAAGGCUCUCGGAGAAUACCUGGAGAGGGAGAGAAGCAGUUUCCCUCGAUUCUAUUUCGUGGGUGACGAAGAUCUUCUGGAAAUCAUUGGUAACAGCAAGAACAUCGCUCGUCUACAGAAACACUUCAAGAAAAUGUUUGCUGGCGUUGCAGCUAUCAUUCUCAAUGAAGAUAACACCGUUAUUAAUGGUAUCGCUUCUCGUGAAGGUGAAGAGGUGUACUUCACAUCGCCAGUAUCGACGAUAGAGAAUCCCAAGAUCAACUCUUGGCUAUCAAUGGUUGAACGUGAAAUGCGCGUGACUUUAGCUUGUCGACUAAAAGACGCUGUUGGUGAUGUUAAACAAUUCAAAGACGGCAACGUUGACCCGCAGAAAUUUAUUGAUUGGUGUGAUAAAUAUCAAGCCCAAAUCGUGGUACUGGCAGCUCAAAUUCUAUGGUCUGAAGAUGUAGAAGCCGCCUUAGUGAGCGGUGGAGGCGAAGGCUUGAAGAGAGUACAGGAGCAUGUAGAGAACAUGCUCAACAUUCUUGCUGAUUCUGUGUUGCAAGAACAACCACCACUGAGGAGGAGGAAACUUGAACAUCUUAUCAACGAGUUCGUACACAAACGUACAGUGACACGUCGCCUUAUAGCUUCUGACGUCAAUAGUCCUCGAUCAUUUGAGUGGCUAUGUGAAAUGAGAUUCUACUUCGAUCCUAGAAAUAAUGAUGUACUGCAACAGCUCACUAUCCAUAUGGCAAAUGCCAAAUUCUUGUACGGAUUUGAGUAUUUAGGCGUUCAAGAUCGCCUAGUACAGACUCCACUUACUGACCGAUGCUACCUUACGAUGACACAAGCUUUGGAAGCCAGGCUUGGAGGAUCGCCUUUCGGUCCCGCUGGUACUGGCAAGACUGAAUCAGUGAAAGCUCUUGGAAAUCAACUCGGUCGAUUUGUGUUGGUGUUCAACUGUGAUGAAACAUUUGACUUCCAAGCUAUGGGUCGUAUCUUCGUUGGUCUAUGUCAGGUGGGCGCCUGGGGUUGUUUUGACGAGUUCAAUCGUUUAGAAGAAAGAAUGCUCUCAGCCGUAUCUCAACAAGUACAAACCAUUCAAGAAGCUCUCAAGAGCCAUCAAGAAGUAGACAACACUGGCAAGUCCAUAACGGUCGAAUUAGUGGGCAAACAAGUUCGCGUAAGUCAAGAUAUGGCAAUUUUCAUCACCAUGAACCCUGGAUACGCUGGACGUUCCAAUCUGCCGGACAAUUUGAAGAAACUGUUCCGAUCAUUAGCCAUGACGACUCCAGACAGACAGCUGAUUGCUGAAGUUAUGCUGUUCAGCCAAGGGUUCAGAACGGCUGAGAAACUGGCCUGCAAAAUCGUACCGUUCUUCAAACUUUGCGACGAACAACUGUCUAACCAAUCUCACUACGACUUUGGACUGAGAGCUCUUAAGUCCGUACUUGUGUCUGCUGGUAACGUCAAGCGCGACCGCAUCCAAAAGAUAAAAGAGAACCUAGUUGAACGAGGUACUGAAGUACCAGAUGAGGCAUCAAUCGCGGAAUCUCUUCCCGAACAAGACAUUCUUAUACAAUCUGUGUGUGAAACUAUGGUGCCCAAAUUAGUUGCUGAAGACAUACCUCUACUGUUCUCUCUGCUUAACGAUGUGUUCCCCAAUGUUGGCUAUACUAGAGCCGAGAUGACUGGAUUGAAGAAUGAAAUUCGGUCAGUAUGCGCUGAAGAAUUUUUAGUGUGCGGUGAAGGCGACGAACAAGGCUCCACUUGGAUGGAGAAGGUUCUCCAAUUAUAUCAAAUCUGCAAGUUAAACCAUGGCCUUAUGAUGGUCGGUCCUUCUGGAAGUGGAAAAACUGCUGCUUGGCGCGUUCUGCUCAAAGCACUAGAAAGAUAUGAAGGAAUAGAAGGCGUGGCUCACGUUAUCGACCCGAAGGCGAUGUCUAAGGAAACACUUUAUGGUGUACUGGAUCCCAAUACGCGUGAAUGGACUGAUGGUCUCUUUACUCAUAUACUCAGGAAAAUUAUUGACAAUGUCCGCGGUGAGAUCAACAAACGCCAAUGGAUCAUAUUUGAUGGUGAUGUGGACCCCGAAUGGGUGGAGAAUUUGAACUCUGUACUGGACGACAAUAAGCUGCUUACUUUGCCCAACGGCGAGCGUCUAUCGCUACCGCCCAAUGUUCGAGUUAUGUUUGAGGUACAAGACCUCAAAUAUGCGACACUUGCAACAGUAUCACGUUGUGGUAUGGUGUGGUUCUCACAGGACGUGCUCACUACAGAAAUGAUCUUCGAAAACUACCUUCUGAGGUUGAGAAAUAUCCCACUCGAAGAUGGAGAGGAGGACUCCUUUAGCAUUGUGAUGGCUGCUCCAGCUUCUGGUGGUGAUCAAAACGUUACUGAGAACAUUCUUUCGCCCGCCUUACAAACUCAACGUGACGUAGCGGCAAUCCUCCAACCCCUGUUCUUUGGUGACGGUCUUGUUGUGAAGUGUCUCGAGCGUGCCGUCAGUCUCGACCAUAUAAUGGAUUUCACACGGCACAGAGCGCUGUCCUCGCUACAUUCAAUGCUUAACCGUGGCGUGAGAAACAUAUUGGCUUACAACCGACAACAUCCAGACUUCCCUAUCACUAACGAACAGUUAGAAGCUUAUGUGCCAAAGUGGCUAGUCUAUUCUCUACUGUGGUCCUUUGCUGGUGACGCCAAGCUGAAGGAUCGUAAUGAACUUGGAGACUUUAUUAGAUCGGCCAGCACUAUGCAACUGCCAAACUGUGGAGCGAAUCAACAUAUUAUCGACUUCGAGGUGUGUAUAACGGGUGAGUGGGUGCCUUGGUCAGCCAAGGUGCCCCAGAUAGAAGUGGAGACUCAUAAAGUUGCUGCACCUGAUGUAGUCGUACCUACUCUGGACACAGUCCGUCACGAAGCUCUACUGUACACCUGGUUAGCUGAACACAAGCCUCUUGUACUGUGUGGACCGCCUGGUUCGGGUAAGACCAUGACGCUAUUCUCGGCGCUCCGUGCUCUGCCUGACAUGGAGGUCGUCGGUCUUAACUUCUCGUCCGCAACUACACCCGAACUUCUGCUCAAGACUUUCGACCACUACUGCGAAUAUAGAAAGACGCCUAAUGGUGUUGUGCUUGCUCCUGUACAGCUUGGUAAAUGGUUGGUACUGUUCUGCGAUGAAAUCAACUUACCAGACAUGGAUCAGUAUGGAACACAGAGAGUUAUCUCAUUCUUGAGACAACUGCUGGAGCACAAGGGCUUUUAUAGAGCCAGUGAUCACUCGUGGGUACAUUUGGAGCGUAUCCAGUUUGUAGGAGCGUGUAACCCACCUACGGACCCCGGCCGAAAACCAUUGUCUCAUCGUUUGUUGAGACAUGUACCCGUCAUAUAUGUUGAUUACCCUGGAGAGACUUCGCUUGAACAGAUCUACGGCACGUUCACCCGCGCGAUGCUCCGCAUGCAGCCGGCGCUGCGUGGCUACGCCGAGCCGCUGACGCAGGCCAUGGUCAAGCUGUACCUCGCCUCGCAGGAGCGCUUCACGCAGGACAUGCAGCCGCACUACGUCUACUCGCCCAGGGAAAUGACCAGAUGGGUGCGCGGCAUUUGCGAGGCUAUCAGGCCACUAGAUAAUCUUAACGUGGAAGGUCUCGUAAGACUGUGGGCGCACGAAGCUCUCCGGCUGUUCCAGGACCGUCUAGUUGACGAUACAGAAAGACAGUGGACGGACGAGAACAUUGACAAUGUUGCUAUGAGGUUCUUCCCAGGUAUAAACAGAGAACAGGCGCUGGCUCGUCCAAUUUUGUACAGCAACUGGCUUAGUAAAGAUUACAUUCCUGUACUAAGAGACCAACUGCGGGAGUACGUUAAGGCUAGACUUAAGGUAUUCUACGAAGAAGAACUAGAUGUACCUUUGGUGUUGUUUGAUGAGGUGUUGGACCACGUAUUACGUAUCGACCGAAUCUUCCGGCAGCCUCAAGGACACUUACUGCUUAUCGGAGUGUCCGGCGCCGGCAAAACUACACUUAGUCGUUUUGUCGCCUGGAUGAACGGACUUAGCAUCUUCCAAAUUAAGGUGCACAACAAGUACACAGGCGCUGAUUUCGACGAAGAUCUUCGGUCGGUGCUCCGGCGCGCCGGGUGUCGGGACGAGAAAGUCGCAUUCAUUCUUGAUGAGUCCAACGUGCUCGACAGCGGUUUCCUCGAGAGAAUGAAUACUCUAUUAGCCAACGGAGAGGUACCAGGAUUGUUCGAAGGCGAUGAAUUUGCCGCACUCAUGACGCAAUGCAAAGAAGGCGCUCAAAGAGAAGGUUUGAUGUUAGAUUCUAACGACGAGCUGUAUAAAUGGUUCACUGGUCAAGUUAUGCGCAACUUGCAUGUGGUAUUUACUAUGAAUCCGUCAUCUGAAGGAUUAAAAGACCGUGCGGCCACUUCUCCUGCUCUUUUCAAUCGUUGUGUGCUCAACUGGUUCGGCGAUUGGAGUGAUGGCGCGCUGUUCCAAGUGGGUAAAGAGUUUACCCAGCGUAUGGACCUGGAUUCAGCCGAUUACUCUCCGCCGGACGAUUUCCCUGCAGCUUGCCACGAGAUCAGCGAACGUCCUGCACAUCGCGAAGCCGUUGUUAACGCCUGUGUGUACGUGCACCAGACUCUGCAUCGAGCUAACGCCAGCCUCGCCAAGAAAGCAAAUAGGACCAUGGCUAUCACACCCAGACAUUACUUAGACUUCAUCCAGCAAAUGGUAAAAUUGUAUGCUGAGAAACGUGCGGACCUUGAAGAACAACAGCUUCAUUUGAAUGUUGGUCUGGGCAAGAUCGCCGAGACUGUCGAACAAGUCGAGGAAAUGCAAAAGAGCCUUGCUGUCAAAUCACAGGAACUGCAAGCCAAGAAUGAGGCGGCUAACGCCAAGCUACGUCAAAUGGUGAAAGACCAACAAGAAGCCGAAAAGAAAAAGGUUGAAAGUCAAGAAAUUCAGGUCGCUCUAGAGAAACAAACUAAGGAGAUAGAAGCUAAACGCAGAGAUGUAAUGGCUGACUUAGCGCAAGUGGAACCUGCUGUCAUCGAGGCUCAGAAUGCGGUGCGAUCUAUCAAGAAGCAGCAGCUAGUGGAAGUGCGUUCCAUGGCCAACCCACCGUCGGUGGUGAAGAUGGCGCUCGAGUCCAUCUGUACCCUGCUCGGGGAAAAGGGUGACACGUGGAAGGGCAUCCGCUCCGUCGUCAUGAAAGACAACUUCAUAUCGACAAUUGUUAACUUCGAGACUGAGAACAUCACGUCUAUGGGCAAUCCACCAGCGAUUGUGAAGGUUGCGCUCGAAUCCAUCUGCCUGUUGCUCGGAGAGAAUGCGACUGACUGGAAAGCGAUCCGAGCUGUCAUCAUGCGGGAAAAUUUCAUCAACAGCAUCGUCUCCAAUUUCUCCACCGAGGACAUAACUGACGACGUUCGCGAAAAGAUGAAGACUCGUUACCUCAGUAAUCCUGAUUACAACUUCGAGAAGGUUAACAGAGCCAGUAUGGCAUGUGGCCCUAUGGUCAAAUGGGCUAUUGCUCAGAUCGAGUACGCUGACAUGUUAAAACGCGUUGAACCUUUACGUAACGAACUCAAGGCUCUCGAAGACAGAGCCCAAAGCAAUGUAACCGCUGGUGAUGAAGUAAGCGAGUUGAUUGCUCAACUAGAGAAGUCUAUUGCAUCGUACAAGGAGGAAUACGCCCAGCUCAUUAGCCAAGCGCAAGCUAUUAAGACUGAUCUCGAAAAUGUUCAAGCUAAGGUGGAUAGGUCCAUUGCGCUCCUGAAGAGUUUGGUGAUCGAACGCGAACGUUGGGAGGCAAGCUCAGAGACAUUCCGUUCACAAAUGAGUACUAUAGUCGGUGAUGUCCUAUUAUCGGCUGCUUUUAUCGCAUACGGCGGAUACUUCGAUCAACACUAUCGGCAAAACUUGUUUACAACAUGGACAGCACACUUGGCAGCUGCAAACAUCAAGUAUCGUGCUGACAUUGCUCGUACUGAAUACCUCAGUAAUCCAGACGAGCGCCUACGCUGGCAGGCCAACGCUCUACCCACUGAUGAAUUGUGUGUGGAGAAUGCUAUAAUGUUGAAGCGCUUCAAUCGUUAUCCACUUAUUAUCGAUCCUUCUGGCCAAGCAACAGAGUUUAUAAUGCGAGAAUUCAAAGAACGCAAGAUCACCAAGACUUCGUUCCUCGAUGAUUCGUUUAGAAAGAACUUGGAGUCAGCCCUACGGUUCGGUAAUCCGUUACUCGUACAAGACGUAGAGAACUACGACCCGAUUCUGAACCCAGUACUCAACAGAGAAUUGCGCCGAACUGGCGGUCGCGUCCUCAUCACUUUGGGAGACCAAGACAUUGAUCUAAGUCCUUCGUUUGUCAUUUUCCUAAGCACCAGGGAUCCAACAGUAGAGUUUCCACCAGACAUGUGCUCUCGUGUGACAUUCGUCAACUUCACCGUAACUCGUUCAUCUCUACAAUCGCAAUGUCUACAUCGCGUACUCAAGGCUGAGAGGCCUGAUAUUGAUACUAAGCGCUCUGAUUUGCUUAAGUUGCAAGGCGAAUUCCACCUCCGUCUGCGCCAAUUGGAAAAGUCUUUGCUGCAAGCACUCAACGAUGCUAAAGGCAAGAUCUUAGACGAUGAUUCCGUGAUAGCCACCCUCGAAACCUUAAAGAAGGAAGCAGACGACAUCGGACAGAAGGUUGAAGAGACUGACAAAGUUAUAGCCGAAAUUGAAACUGUCAGCCAGCAGUACUUACCAUUGUCUCAAGCUUGCAGCAGCAUUUACUUCACAAUGGAAUCCCUCCACCAAGUACACUUCUUGUACCAAUACUCUUUGAAGAUGUUCCUCGAUAUAUUCAGCUCAGUUCUAGUCUGUCCAUUACUCAGUGGAAUUACGGACUACACUGCUAGACUCAAGAUUAUCACUGAGGAGCUGUUCACGGUGGUAUAUGAGCGUGUGGCCCGUGGUAUGCUGCACACAGACCGGCUCACAUUCGCCUUGCUGCUCUGCCGAAUUCACCUCAAGGGUACUGGUGCCGAGGACACACUUGAACGAUCGUUCGCAGUCUUCCUUGGAGGAAAGGAGGGCUACGUCUCCCCAUCCCCACCGCUUGAACCUCUCACGCAUCAACAGCAUGAUGCCGCUGAUAGACUUAGUUCCAGGUUACCAGCAUUCCGGCGUCUCCUAGAAAAGGCCGGUGAGCUCCCAGAGCUAUCCGCGUGGCUGUCUCAAGCCGCGCCUGAGCAAUUGGUCCCCACGUUGUGGGACUGCGAGGCGUCCGCUCCCCCUGCGCCACAUACACUAUCCAUGUACCGCUUGCUACUCAUACAGGCGUUCCGACCCGACCGUGUGAUCGCCGCUGCAACACAAUUGGUGACAGCCGUGUUGGGUGCCGGUUUCAUGGCUAAAGCCGAGACUGAACUUGAUCUGCAAUCAAUUAUUGAAAACCAGUUGAAUGGCACUACACCUGCUCUUCUCUGUUCCGUGCCUGGAUAUGACGCCAGUGGUCGCGUCGACGAUAUGGCGACUGAGUUGAAUAAACCUUUAUCCAGCAUAGCCAUUGGUUCCGCCGAAGGUUUUAACCAGGCCGAGCGUGCUAUUAACACUGCUUGCAAGACUGGACGCUGGGUAAUGCUAAAGAACGUCCACUUGGCGCCCGUAUGGCUAGUGCAAUUAGAGAAGAAAUUACAUUCUCUACAACCACACCCGAACUUCCGGUUAUUCUUAACUACUGAGAUCAGCCCCAAACUGCCUGUGAACUUGUUGCGUGCUGGACAAGUGCUCGUGUUUGAACCUCCACCUGGCAUCCGUGCCAAUCUGCUCAGGACCUUUGCAACUGUCCCAGCAAAUCGUAUGAUGAAGCAACCAUCGGAACGCGCGAGACUGUACUUCUUACUUGCCUGGUUCCACGGCAUCGUUCAAGAGCGUCUCCGCUAUGUGCCCCUGGGGUGGGCUAAAUACUACGAGUUCAACGAGUCGGAUCUCAGAGUCGCCUGUGACACUCUUGACACGUGGAUCGACUCCACAGCAAUGGGUCGCACAAACCUACCUCCUGAGAAGGUUCCAUGGGAAGCCUUAGUGACACUUCUGUCUCAAUGUAUCUACGGUGGCAAGAUCGACAACACCUUCGACCAGCGACUACUACAUUCCUUCUUAUGCAAGCUGUUCACGCCUAAGUCGUUUGAGGCUGACUUUGCACUUGUAGCUAAUGUAGAUGGGGCAAGCGGUAACCAGCGCCACAUAACGAUGCCCGAUGGCAACCGUCGUGAUCACUUCCUCAAGUGGAUCGAAGAGUUGUCUGAUAGGCAGACUCCUUCCUGGCUUGGUCUCCCUAACAACGCUGAGAAGGUGCUCCUUACUACUCAAGGUAGCGACUUGGUGUCUAAGCUGCUCAAGAUGCAGCAACUCGAAGAUGAAGAGGAGUUAGCUUAUAAUGCCGCUUCACAGGAUCAUGACCAAGUUCCAGAUUCGAUGGUGGACGGCAGGCCCGCUUGGAUGAAGACUUUGCAUCAAACUGCUACCAAGUGGUUGCAGAUGCUGCCACAGCAAUUACCGACAUUGCGGCGUACUGUGGAAAACAUAAAAGACCCAUUGUAUCGUUUCUUCGAACGCGAAGUAGCCGCUGGAGCUUCUUUAUUGCAACAAGUAUUACACGAUCUACGGAACGUGAUCUCUAUUUGUCAGGGCUCGAUGAAGCAGACGAACGAGACGCGCGCGAUGGUGGGGUCGCUGGUGCGGGGCAUGCUGCCGCGCGGCUGGCUGCGCUACGCCGUGGCGCGCGGCUGCACCGUGCAGCAGUGGGUGGGCGACUUCGCGCAGCGCGUCACGCAGCUCGCCGACGUCUCCGACGCCGUCGCCGCGCAGGGCGCCAAGAAGCUGCAGAGCAUUCCCGUAUGGCUCGGUGGGCUGCUCAACCCGGAGGCCUACAUCACCGCCACUCGUCAAUGUGUGGCUCAAGCGAACUCCUGGUCACUGGAGGAACUACAUUUACAAGUGACGAUCCCUGACCCCGGCACACCUACCGAGAACGCGCAAACGGAGUGGUCAUUCUCGGUGACCGGGCUGAAGCUGCAAGGGGCCACUGUUAAAGGCAACAGACUGCUGCUCACCAACACUAUUAUGGUUGACCUGCCGCUCACUGUCCUCACUUGGAUCCGUGGUCCGGAAACGUCAACAGGCGGCAAAACUCUAACAUUACCGGUGUACUUGAACAGUGCUCGCUCUGAGCUCCUGUUCACCGUGCGGCUCCCCAUCGCGCCGGGACAAGAGCCGCACGCCUUCUACGAGAGGGGUGUCGCUCUACUCACCUCCACCGCACUCAACUAA